AGAUAGGUAGUCAACACAGCAGCCCCGGCGUGGCUCGGGGAACCAGUGAGGGUCGUGGGACGGUCGACUGCGCAUGCGCGGUGUGUUCGCGUGCGGUUCCUGAGUCGGGUACCGGUUGCUGCGCUCUGUGAGAAUCCCUGGGCUGGGGCGGGGGCUGGGGCUGCCGGCCCGGGGCCAUGGCGGCGAACGAGGACCAGGAGAUGGAGCUAGAAGCAUUGCGUUCUAUUUAUGAAGGAGAUGAGUGUUUCAAAGAACUUAGUCCUGUUUCCUUUCAGUAUAGGAUAGGUGAAAAUGGCGAUCCCAAAGCCUUCCUAAUAGAAAUUUCAUGGCCAGAAACAUACCCACAGACAGCUCCAAACAUAUCCAUGAAUGCUUUCUUCAACAACACCAUAUCUUUAGCUAUAAAACAAAGUAUAUUGGAUAAAUUAAUGGAAGAAGUUGAAGUUAAUCUUGGAACUGCCAUGACAUACACACUUUUUGAAUAUGCCAAAGAUAAUAAAGAAUUGUUCAUGGAAAAUCAACCUGUUCAUAUUGUGACAUCUGUAGGUAAUAACAUCUCAAUUGGAACUCACGAAAUAGCCCCAUCAAGUAAGAAAAGACACAAAAAGGAGCAGUUGUCCAAAACCCAGAAACGAAAGCUGGCAGACAAAACAGAUCACAAAGGGGAGCUUCCUCGAGGAUGGAACUGGGUGGAUGUAAUUAAGCAUUUAAGCAAAACGGGUUCUAAAGAUGAUGAAUAAUGGACUUUGAUACAAGGAAACUUCAUCUUUUAAUACAGUGCAAUUUGGGUCAACAUCUUUCUCAAUAGCUUUUUCCUCUUGUCAGAGUGGAACAUUUUAUGAAAGGACAGUUUCCUAACUAUUAAACGUGAGCACAGAUGUUUAUCCAGAGAUUAUUCUGGUAUUACAUUUUUCUUCACAAACAAAAACUUGCCUUAAAGGGAAGAUAAGUGCGACAUUUCUAUAUUGAACUUUUAGAAAGCCUAUUUAGUUUCUAACUGUUGAAUGCUGAAAAGAAUAGUGAAAUAUGCAGUGUUAAUAUAUAUUGUUUUGCUCUACAGUAAGAAUAUAGUAAAAUUCUGUUAGUGAAUCCUCUGAUAUUGUGACCAUUUCCUGAAGUUCUUAUUCCAAUGGAAUACAAAUAUUAAAAGUGGAUAAUCACUUGACAGCAUAGUUCAUUUAAAAUAAACUCCCUUUAAACAAAGCCUUCUUGAUUUGUUCCUCUGCAAAUGCAGAAAGGGAACAACACAAUUAUAUCAAAGGAUUUGUCUAGACCUAGGCUAUGUCUACAUUGCACACCUUACAACAGUAUGGCUGUGCUGCGACAGCCGCGCUGUUGUAAGGUAAGCAGUGUAGCUGCUCUUUGUCGUCAGGAGAGAGCUAUGUCUACACUACUGACCUUAUAGCGGCACAGCUGUACCACUGCUGUAAGAGCAUAGCCGCUCUAUGAUGGGAGAGAGCUCUCCUGCUGGCAUAAUUAACUCACUACUAACGAGCGGCGGUAGCUAUGUUGGCAGGAGAGUAUCCCACAGACAUAGCGCUAUCCACACUGGUGCUUUUGUUGGUGAAACUUAUGUUGGUCAAGGGUUUGGGUUUUAUUCCACUUUCCUGACCCAACAAAAGUUUUACCAGCAGAAGUGCUCGUGUAGACAAAGCCUGAAGCUUUUGGUCCUGUUUUAACUAGAGUUAAACAGUUUGCAUGUGGUGGUGAUACAGCUGAGUUUCUGUAGGCUUGCUAAUAACACUAUUGCCUGAAAUCAGAGCAAGCUUCUGGCUCUGUGAUUUUUGACUAACUAGCUCAAAGUUAAGGGUAGAGAAGGUAGCAACAUGCAACGCUUGUAAAUACUAGUGCAAAAAGGACCACACACCUAGUCUAGACAAAUUCAGUGAAAGAACAAGCAGUUACAAUACCAGUACGUGUUCUCAGUUCAGCCCGGUGUGCGUCUGUUGUAGUCCUCCUCAUGUAUAUCUUUACAGGAGAUCAGGGUGUUUGCGUGGAGCUGUCUUACUGAUAGUGACUUUCUGAAUAUUAUGACUUGUUGGCUUUUUCCAUUGGAUAAUCAGUAGUUUACCAUGAGGAUUUUAUUGUAUGAAUUAGGGGACGCUGGGAAAAAAAACAAGCCACUCUCCCAUGUUGGAAAACAUUUUUUGUACAGGUUUGUCUUGUAUCAAAGAAAAAAAAUCCUCUUUACUGUACUAUAAACGGUAACUGAAUACUAAAUGCCUUAAUGUCAUUUAAUAUUUGAGAUUUUGAUCUUAAUAAAUGCUAUUUAUCUGC